AUGGUGCUAUGUCAUUUGUCCAUUACAUAUGGACUAAUUCCAUCUACACCAACAGAUUUAAAAGUUGACAUACCACUAGAGUUUCAUGAGUUAGAAAUUGUAUGUGCUGAUUUAUACCUUAAUGGUCAGUCUUUCAGAAUUAUUGGUUAUUAUCGCAGUGGGGGUUUCGAUAAAGAAGCUAUUGACUAUAUGCAGAGUAGUGUAAAAUGUUUCUCUAUUUUGUGUUCGACCAAAAAAAAUGUGGUCAUACUAGGAGAUUUUAACUUACCUGAUAUAGAUUGGCACUACCAUCAUGGUCCAGAUAGUGUUAUACAUAACUCUUUUUUACAUUUUAUAAACAGAUAUAGUCUCACUCAGCAUGUUGAUCAACCAACUCAAGAAAAUAGCAUCUUAGAUCUUAUUUUGAGUUCUUCCUCUUCAUUUAUCAGUAAUCUCUGUAUUAAACCACCUAUUGGCACUAGUGAUCAUAAUGUUAUCAUAUUCACUCCUAAUUUGAGCUGCUUAUAUAAUAAAACUGAAGUUCUAGUGCAACAGUUCUUUUGUUGGAAGAAUGCAGAUUACCAAGUUAUUAAUAAAUAUCUGAAAUCGGUCGAUUGGAUGAUUAUCUUUCAAACAUGUUUUAAUAUUGAAGCUUGUUGGCAUACUUUUUCUACUUUACUAAAUAACAUUAUUACACUACAUGUACUUAAAGUGCGAGUCUGUGAAGAGCAUAAAUUAUCACAUAAAAUACACUAUCCUUAUUAUGUUAAAAGGUUGAUAAACAACAAAGCAAUGGCAUGGAAAAGAUCAAAAGUAACAGGUAAACCUAAUGACAAAGCAGCUUAUAAAUUAAUUGCCGCACAAUGUUCUGAUUCCAUUAGAAAGUAUCAUGCAGCAAAAGAACUUAAGAUGAUACGCAAAGACAACCUUGGCAGUUUCUUUAACUUUGUCAAUGGAAAACUCAAAACCUGUUGUAAACUCAAUGACAUUCGUCGAUCCGAUAAUACCCUUUGUCAUGAUAAAGAAGAAAUAUCCUCCGUAAAAGCACUUAGAGCACUUAAACCCACCACAUCUACUGGUCUAGAUGGCAUUCCCAAUGUUUUCCUAAAGAAAUGUGCCAAUAGUUUAUCGAUUCCUUUAAGCCAUAUAUUUGAUACCUCAUUUAAAGAUGGUGCUAUACCGCUAGACUGGAAAGUAGCAAGCGUUAUUCCAAUUCACAAAAAAGGACCAAUAGUUGACCCAGUUUCACAUUCUAAGUUACUAAUGAAAUUACCUGCUUACGGAAUAGUUGGCAAUCUUCUGAAUUGGCUAACUAAUUUUCUGCACAUGAGAUCACAGGUGGUAAAUUUAAACAAUAUUACUUCCCAUGCUAUAUCUGUUAAAAGCGGUGUUCCACAGGGGAGUGUACUUGGACCUACUCUAUUCUUAUUGUUUAUAAAUGAUGUGAGUCACAUUAAUAAACAGCUUGAUAUCAAACUUAAACUUUUUGCUGAUGACAUUAAAUUAUAUUCAGUCUAUGAUGUACGUGGCCUUCAGUCAGACCUUCACACAGCUGUUAAUCGUUUGUACGAAUGGAGUUGUAACUUGGCAACUCCAAAUAGCAACUGA